AUGUCAUCAGCCACACCCCCUGCGGCCCCGCCCUCUAAGAAGGGAAGGAAGCUGGAAAAGUCGGAGGUGAUGGCUGACUCUGUGCCAGCCACCAAUGAGGAGCUGAGGAGCAAACUCAUGGACACCCAGAUUGAGCUUCAUCAGGAACGGGCCAAGGUAAGAAAAGUGAAGUAGAAGACGCUGAGGUCUUGAUGACAGUGACUUGAGAGCAGAGCCCCCCUUUAGUUUAUUAUACAAGCAGAGGAUGGGGAGAAUGGGAGGUGUCUUGAGGUCAUUUUUAUCAUAAAUUGGUGCUACAGAAAUAGAUAUUGAUGGAAAGCCUGAGAGAUGAAAUACCGUAUUUUUCGCACUGUAAGGCGCACCUGAUUAUCAAACGCACCAUCAAUGGACGUGUCUAUUGGCAUCCAUUUUCAUACAUGAAGCGCACCGGAUUAUAAAGCGCAAGAAGCCAAACAAAACAGUCAGAUAAGUCAAACUUUAUUUAACUCAUUCAAUAACUCCGCUAGGCUAUGAUAGCUGCAAUGCUCCGACGAGCCAAAAGGAUUUUAAGUGCGCCUUAUAGUGCGAAAAAUACGGUAUUCAAUUAUUCAAGUAGUUUGACAGCCACAAACAUAAAAAUGCUUCAUUGCUGCUGAUAAUACAUAUUGUAAAUACAAAGAUGUAAUACUUAAAAAAUGUAAGUAUAGUGAUGUGAGCUUCUUAUGCCACUGCAUGCACAAAACUGUUGGUUCCCUUUAUUCUGAUCUUCACACAUAAAUAUCCCCGCUCCCAGAAGUUGUCAUGGUGUUGUGCCUCUUUUUGUAGCAAAUGAUUGACAGCGUAACUACCCCCUGUGCUGUCUCUGCUCCACACUGCAUAUGUCAUCAGCGCAUUUGAAAGAUUGCAGUUGCAGCAUCAGGAUUUAGAAGUACAGUCUUUUUUGUGAUGCAAAAAAAUGUUACAUGAACAGAUUCAUCAAAUAAUGAGGCAGGGAAUGUGGGAAUUAGAGAGUUGAGAAGGACAGGAAAGAGUUGGUAAGUGAAGUGGCUGAGUGUCAAACCAAGGACUGCUGCAGGCUAUGGACCUGGAUUAUGUGCCCAAACCACUAGGCCAACCAUCUUGUAACAAUUUUGCUGAGGCAUACAUGCAAUGCUUUUUUUUUUACUGAUAUAAAACUAUGUAAUCCACCACAGCAGCCACAACUGUUUUCUAAGCGUGUUUCUGUUUCCCCUUGUCUGGAAAACGAAGAGCAAACUUUUAAGCAAAGUUUUUGCUGUCACUCUGCUCCAGGUUGUCAUGAGAAAAACUGAUGAACACACUGGUAUCAUAUCUCUGAUGUUAACUGCAUGAUUUGAUUCUCAUGCAUCUCUAACGGCAGACUGUAUUGCAGGUAUGUAAGCUCCGUGAGCGGCUGCAGGAGCAGCGGCAGGCUCGCGAGCUCGAUCAGCACAAACAUGCAGUAGCAGUCACUGAUCUGCGUGCCAAACUCCACGAAGAGAAGCUCAGAGAAAUAGCAGCUGUCCGUGAGGCCCUGUCGCGGCAGCAUGAAUUCGAGUUGGCCCGGUCUAUCAAAAUCCGGGACGCGGAGGUGCAGAGACUCCAGGCGCUCGUAAACGCACUGAGAGACGGAGCUGCUGACAAGCUCAAAAAUGCUCUUCUUGGAGAGGCUCGGGAAGAGGCCAGGAGGGCUUUUGAUGGGGAGAGGUUGAAGCUGCAGCAAGAGGUGGGUUGGAGCAUUAUUGUAGGGGGACAGUUAUGCUGAAUAAAUUAUCCCUCUAUUACGUAUUGUGGAAAAAGUACGAGCGUCAUUGUACUGCUGCUAUCACAUCACUUCUGGCAUGCUCUGUUUCACACAUGGAAAAUUCAGUCUAAUGUUUAUUAUAUAAUAGUCAUUCUGAAAACGUGUGUAUGUUAAUUGUUGAUGUGGGACUGUGGUAACCUUUGUAAAUUCACUUCUGAAAAACAGGAAGGAGGGAGGAAAAGCCUGUUGCCAAGCUAUUGUUUUACUAUAGCAUUUCCAGACAAACAGGGCAUCUGUCAUCACAACUGGUCAAUGAGACAGAAAGUUUGUUUCGAUAUGAGUGUCUAUCUCUUUAUUAUUGUUGCUUUUGUGUAAUAUUAUUCUUUGUUUGUGUGUAUUUUAGAUCCAGGAGCAGAAAACAGCCAGGAAGCAGGCUGAAGAGGCGCUUGGAAACGCUCUACAGGCGGACAAAGCCAAAGCAGCAGAUCUGCGCACAGCUUACCAACAGCACCAGGAUGAGGUGCACCGUAUCAAACGAGACUGCGAGAAGGACAUCCGCAGAGUGGUGAGACCACAUGUUGUGUGAUAAGACAGCCUUCAGACCCUUUGUUUAACAUAUCUUAAACUAACAUGGCCUCCACAUUUUGCCUUGAAAAACCUGAUCACAUGAUAUCCUUGAAGCCCUCGGGCCUCCAUUUGAGAGUAAGUUUGAUACACACGGUGCUGUCAUGGAUGAAAUGAAAAGAUCUUAGACUUUCCUGCAAAACCUAUCAUUCCAGGAUAGGUUGGCUCAACAAACCCAGCAGCUGUUACUUUUGUAGUCCGUCCCAGCCCCAUCUGUAUUUCACUCAGUCUCCCCCUGUAGUGACAUCUGUUUUCUGCCUCUGAUGUUCAGUUCCAGCACAAGCGUUAUCUAACUGAUACUAUAUCAAAGGUUAUAGGCUAAUUGCUAUGCCGUAUGUCUGUGCCCGUCUCACCAGGGUGGUGCUUAUCUACAAAACUAAAAGUUAUAUACCUGCCUGCAGUUACUCAUUAACCUCCAGUACGAACAGAAGAGCUUUGGUAGCAGGUUUCUUUGUCAGUAAAGGAAUGUUUCAGCACAGAGCUUCAAAACAUAAUGAAUUAGAGCGUGGCUGAUUAAUGCAGAGUGUGUGAUUUAGGAAAUAAUAGUAUGAAAUAUCAAAAAUGUAGAGAUGGAGUCUUAAAAUUAGCAAAGGGAGUUGUGUGGGUGCAAAAUAAAGUAAGCUUCAUCGAUUGAUCACUGCUGAAGCACAACAUUGUAAGCUAAAACACUUCCCUUACUGUGUAUUCAACCAUUAGUGCAUUCAGUUUGUCAAAGAUACUCUUAGGUGUUGAUGAUGUUGGACGUAAAAACUUCAGCGUCACCCUAAGCAUAAAUAUUUGCACAGGAAUCCAGCUGAAAACAACCACACUUGUGUCUUUGUGUCCAUCCUUUUUACAGAUGGAUGAACUGAAGGCGAAGGAUCGCGUGGUGUGUGCUCUGGAGAGGGAGCUGGGACUGCAGGCCGGCUAUGCUCAAAAGCUCCAGCUUCAGAAGGAUGCUCUGGACGAGCAGCUGGGUCACGUACGAGAGGCUGAGAAACACAAUCAUGGCAGCCCAAAGAGAGAGGUGAUGCCUGGGCUGGGGGACCACCAGGACCUGCUCAACAACCAGGUAAAUUAAGACAAGAAAACAAAUGCAUGCAUCUGUGUAUAAAUAUGACACAACAUCAAAAGCUCAGGCUCAGGAAUAAGAUUGUUGAUGUGGAUGUUUAGUUGUAAAUAAGGGUGACGUAUUAGUAAAAUGAUUACAGAACUGGAGUUGUUUUUGUCAUGAGUUUUGAACUGUUACAAAGUCUUUCAAAUAGCAUUGAGAUUAAAGAAAGAAAUCUGGCUUUUGGAGUGUGUCUUGGCUGUGGCUGCAGGUAUUAUGACUUUAGUUAUUACAGAGAAAAACGAUUAACUCAAUCCCUGAAUUAAACCUUCAUUGAACUCUUAAACCUAAAACAAUAGUCUGGCUUUUGCAGCCACACCGUCGGUUCGUUUGUUUGUUUAGCUAGUGAUAGUGGCAGGCUGCCAUUUCUCAUAGUAAGGGAAGUUAGGACACUCUCAAACUUGAAAUGCAUGUUUUCUUUCAUAAUAAAAGGGAAAAAAACUGUCACAAGCCAAAAGUUAAAACUCACUCUUUAAUGAAAGCAUUUGGAUAAACUUUCUGUGUACUGUGUGUUCUGUGUACAUAAAAGUUCACAGUAGCACUGAGUAAAAGACAUCUUAUCUUUCAUCCUGCCAUCUCCUCUGUGCAAACUCCCCUCAUUAUUUGCUUUCUUGCCUGCCUGCCUGCCUGCCUGCCUGUGUGCCUGCAUGUGAUCCCUUUUUUAGAUCUUGUCUCUCUCCUCCUCUCCUGUCCCCUCUGUUCCACAGGAGGUCGAGGAGCGUGACAUGAGGAGGUUCCAGCUGAAGAUCGCAGAGCUCCACUCCGUUAUCAGAAAACUUGAGGACAGAAAUGCACUGCUGGCAGAUGAAAGAAAUGAACUAGUAAGGAACACAUGCAACAUGACCUAGAUAUAGCGAUUAUAGGCAUUAAAAUAUUUACACACUUGUUGUUGUACUUUUCAAUAAUGAUCUUUGCACAUAAGUCACAAAAACAUGUGUGCCAGUGAGCGGCAUCAUAAAACAUUGUUAUUCAAUCCUUCCAGCCUUGAUCCGGCCUCUCCUGCUCAAACUGGAAAUUCAGUGUCAGAAGUCAAGGCUUGAGAUUCUAGUAUUUCCCCUCCCUGUUUCCUUCCUCUUACUAGUUGAAGAGGGUGCGAGAGGCUGAGAGCCAAAUGAAGCCCAUGUUUGAGAAGAAUAAGCGGCUGUCGAAGAAAAACGAUGACCUCCUGCAAACUCUUCAGCGCAUGGAGGAGAAACUGAAGACUCUUAGUCGGGAGAACGCUGAGAUGGUGAGAUUCAACCAGCAAAGCUUUCCACUCGUUCAAAAUUAAAUAAAUAGUAAAACUGAAAAACAAAAGCUGAUUUGCCAUGUGUUAAGAUAAGUGGAUGGCGCCACUUAUCUGUAAAUCAAGCGUACCCUCAUGACCGAGACCAGAUGUCUGUCACCUCUUCAAUACCAGGAGGAUAAAAGAUGGAGAGACAGGUUAACUAAAGCAAAUUAUCUGAGAAACAGAACAACUUCAACUGAAACUGAAAUACUGCCCGCUCUUUUAUUGUGUAUAUAUAGUGUAGUCUUAUAUUUGGGUCAACACAGUUAUUAUUUUAAAGGUGGGAUUUCGGUUACUUGACUUCCAGGUGUCACUGAGAAUUUCAGUAAAACAAGAAACAGGACCUCUGCUGGCCACCUCAGGUAAUGCAUUACAAAAAAAGCCUCUGUGUCUUUGUGUGACUCUCUCAGAAAGAAAAAGCCUCCUCCUCUCGGCAUCCCUCACAACAACAGUCCAUCCAGCCACAGCUAAAGAGGCCGAGCUCCCUGACCGAUCUGAGCCAUGCCCACGAAGAACAGGAAGUGGAGUUCCUCAAGCUGCAGGUUGCUGAACAGAGAGGCAUCAUCGAUGAGCUCAUGCAGGUGAGAGUAUCACCCAAAGGUGUCACUGUCUUCAUGUGAAUAGCCUUUUGGUACUCUCUGGUCUGCUUGACAUUUUUCCACACCAAUUGAAAUUAAAAUAAAGAAUGUUGCAACAUUUUUGUCCUAAUCUCGCCACUCACUGAGUUAUAUCUGUCAUGUUCGGCCGCAGGAACGUGACAGGUUGGUGAUGACCAAAAAGAACAGGAGGAAACCUCUCAAGCUGUCCAAAGUAAGUGUCCCUGAGCACCUUGGAAAUUCAGUUACUCCACUGUUGUGUAACCAAGCAACUAUCCAAUCUGGGGUUUAAUUGAGUGAGUGCAUAUCUGUGUGUGUGCGUUUUUGUUUAAUUGGGCUCAGGAGAGAAUGAAGAGAGCAUCUCUAACAGCAGGGCGCACCACACUGAGCGCACACACACGCACACACGCUCACACAUCAAUUGUUCUUACAGCUGAUGGAAAAUUAGAUUCAUUUUUGCUGUUGUGUCAUUUGAUUGUAAGUAUUUGGUGAUAAAAUGAGAAAAUGAAUAUAUCCAUCACAAAUAUUGCAACUUAAUUUGUUUGCAGCAGCUGUAUCUAUUUUUAUUUUUUCUGUGUAGUAAAGAGCGGAGAGGGAGAUCAUGAUCACAAAUUAGGUGGACAGGUAACACCUGUGUGUGAGUUUGUGUUUGCGCUGAUACAUCAGGGAGCAUAUUAGUGUUGUGUUGUUGCUAGGUGAAGGUUGUGGAUGUGUGUCAGAUAUUUUCCUCUACCUCUUCUGCUUCAACCAGUUUAGGUGGAUGCUCUGUGUGGUAAAGCAGCUCGGCUUUUUGGACUCACACCCUUUUAGGAAUUUAAAGCAACCUUCAGGCAUGAGCUUUGAGACCAAACAGAUGAAAACUGGUUUUUGGAUAUUUCUGUGAGAGCAAUUUCAUUGUAACGAGAAGCUUCUUAAUUUUAUGGCUUUUUUGACUUUUGACGUUGACAUUAUAUCCAACCUUUCAAAGGACCUUCGUCAUAGUUGGUGUUGAGGAUUUUGUUGUAGUAGCGACAUGACGGAGUACAUCCUCCUUAUCCUUUAUUUUUCUUCCUUUAUUUGCCUCUGUGCUUUAGUCUGCCUUUACUUCUCUGGUUGCCAGGAGAUGACUUACAAACAUGAUGGUAAGGACUGAGUGGGGUUUGUGAUAGUUAGUACUUGAAAAGAAGAGAACAAAGAUGCUUUAUCAGAGAUGAGGAUUCAUUUCAAUUCUGAUCACAACAGUCAGGUUUAAGACCAAAUUUUGGCAAAUGACUCCUUUUAAAAAAUGCAGCUUUGUUGAAGUCAACAGAAGAUAGCUGCUGGUUUUGAAACUUUCAUUAAAUUCAAAUUCUCAAAUCAAAAAUUCAAGUGAUUGUUUUAUUUUUUUGACUUUAAAUAGAUUGGUCAAAAUAUAGAAGUUUAAGUUUUAUAUGUAAUCCUCUUUUCCUCCCUGCAGAGGCAUGUUGUGGAGACAUAUUUUGGAUUUGAUGAGGAGUCGGUAGACUCUGAGACCUCCUCCUUGACGUCCUACAACACUGACCUCACUGACCGCACGCCUGCAACUCCCGAGGAGGACUUGGAAGAUGUAAGAAAGUCCAGUAUUUGUAUCGACAGAAAUCAUUUAAACCAUAUUUGAGUGUUAAAAGAGUUCAAAGACAUUAUGCAUCAAAUGAGCAUAAUCUAGAGAGGAAUAAACAGUUUACAGAUGGAGAGUUGUGCUGUCAAAAAGUGGCAAUCCCAAGGUUUCCGUGUAUUCUUAAUUAUACUCCCCUCUUUUUCCUCCACACAUUUAACACAUUUUUUUCUUUUUCCUAUGACAAAGACUGUAACCCGUGAGGAAUCAGAGCUUCGCUUCCGUCAGCUGACCAGGGAGUACCAGGCUCUCCAGCGCGCCUACGCCCUUCUACAGGAGCAAACGGGAGGCUCUCUGGAUGCUGAGAGGGAGGCCAGGGUUUGUAUAAUCAUUUAUAUAAACUUUUUUUGUUACUUUUCCAUAAAUGUAUGACUGGAGCUUGGUCUUUAAAUUUGUCAUAAUUCAUCAAGCAUAUUCCCCUCCAGCCCCCUGAUGACUGAUCUUUUCUCCCACAGACGCGUGAGCAGCUGCAGGUGGAGCUCAGCAGUUGCCAGGCAAAGAUUGUGGACCUGGAGAAAGCCCUGGCUGAAAGGGGGCAGGUAACAAAGACAAGGGACUGCGCCAGGAACUCACUGGCCUUGCUCUCACUGGCCUGCAUGCUCUGCCCUCAUCCUUUGUUCUUCCUGUUGUUCACUCUGCGUCUUGACUCUUCGAGAGCCGUUGAGCCAGGAGAGGAGAGUUAGACCUGUAAAUAGGAACACUAUAUUUUUGUCUGGUAAUGUCACACAUCUUGAAAUCAGGAACACCGAGCUAAAAUGAUCUUAACUUAUUUAAUAUGUACAGCAGUGGUCAUUAUGAAACACUUUGAGAACUAAACCAAACCAGUCCACGUAAGGAGGAAAAGUGUUGGCUGUUGUGUGAAGAUUGUGUCAGUUAAGAGCACAUUCAAAGCUUACACAUUAACUUCACUGAUUAUCAUGAAGAACAUUCAAAUUAAUUUAAUUUAAAAUGCUCAUUUUUUUCUUUAUCUGUGAAGAUUUUUUAAUUGUCACUCUAUGUUGUUUAUGUUGAUCGGUCCAACUCUGUUAUGUUAGUUUUCUGCUCUGCUUUUUUCCACCUUAGACUGUCUUCAAUUCCUCCUCUUGCAGUGAAACCUUGCUACCUGUGGGUGCAGCUCUAUUGCCUUUUUAUCCUGGAGCUUUUUUAAUUUCUUUAGAUCAAUAAACUCAUUCCACUCCCACUCUGUUCCUGCUUGUCUGUGUCUAUCGUACAUUUGCAUGUGUCAUUUGGAAAUGCAGCAGAUGGUCACUGAGUGCUCUGCUAUAAGUGGGCAGACAGCUUCAUUCAUUCAUUCCACCCUGUUGUGGGAUCCUUUCCUUCCUCCCUUUUCUUUUCCGGUGACAUUUCUUGCUGAUGUUGUGUUUGGUUGUCAUGGCAGGAUUCAAAGUGGGUGGAGGAGAAGCAGUACUUGCUCAGGACCAAUCAAGAACUUCAUGAGAAGGUAGGCUGUCAUAAGCUUGUACUCACUUUGAUGCAUUACUUUAGUAGCAACUAAGACCCGAUCUCUAGUUUAUUUCUGUACAUUUGCUCCGACUUGUGCCAGAUAAAGCUUGAUAUCAAGUGUUUAGAUACCUCUGAUGUAUGAUGACACAAUGACUCUCCUUCUCUGUGAAGGUACUUUAUAUAACUAUUCAAUACCGUGUCUUUUGUACUGCCCCACAAUCCUUUUUAAUGACACAUAGAAGGGGGGUUUCAUGUAGGGAUGCAACGAUUAUAGAUUUUCACUGUAGGAUUAUAGUAUGAGGAAUAAUCCCGGUUUCACGAUUAUCACGAUUAUUAUACAUAAAUUUCACAGCACUACUAAUACUACUUUAUAAAAUUACAUGAACAUUCUUGAGUGUUCUUAAUGUACUAUUUAUUGGCAGAAAACAGUAAUCAAACACCACAGUACAAAAUAAUAAAUAAAGAUAAACAAAAAAAUCUAACUCGCCUUUGAAAGGGAGAGCAACAAAUAAACAGUGUCUUUGUCUGUUUGAAAUUAAAUAGAAGCAACAUAUUAGCUGUGUGUUUCCCUUUAAAACAAAACUGCUCCGUAAACAUCUGUUUUCCCUUUAGAAUAAUACAUAUGGAGUGACUGAUCAACUAUAUUACAAAAUUAUUUCGUAUUUUCAGUUUGUUAUUUUUUCUGCAUUUAUGGACCUGAGUAGAGUAGCUGCCUUUUGAAACAAUAAUACUCUAAUAGUGAAAAAAAAAAGAAACAAGGUCCAUAUCUUUGGAAUUAAAUGCAAACCUUUUUGCCUUUUUAACAGAACAAGUACUCAAAGGCUACAGAACCCAUCUACAUCAGGGCCCUUUUCACAAACAGCACAUUUAUUUCAAGUCCUUUCAGUUCAAAUUAUAGUGCAAAAAUGUGAGCAUGUUCACAUUGUCAGCGCUCAGUCUUGACCGCUGAGGAGACAGGAUAUGGCCACUUGCACUGAACACCCUUUCUGAAGGCACACUUGUCGCAGGAAUACACAGAUACUUUUUGGCUACUUUCGAAAGCAUUGGCAUUUCUUCCGCAUGUGCUUUCCACCAAUCCAGUGGGUCAGCAUCUGCACUGAUUGCAGGAAGAGACAAGUACAAUUUAACCUCAGAAUCAAGUUUUUCGGUGGAUGACACUGCACUUCCUGAAGUUCCUGAUGCUGCUGACAUGUUCUUCCUUGUGGUGAUUUGCUUUAACAACCCAGACAGGCUCUUCUCUUUACUUUUGUUUGUGGUGUUGGUGGAAGAGGUGCUCGGUGUUGUCGCUGCUGGAGGCUGUCUUGUGUCUGACUCUGGAGAUUCCUGUGCUGCAAGUGUUAGUGCUUCAUCACUGCAUGCCUUGACUGUUUCAUCCAGAUUCUCAGCAAAGUUUCCCUUGAACCUGGGAUCCACAAAACUGGAUAUGUUCAGCACAUUCUUCAUUUCCUCUGUAUAUCUUAGCUGCAUUAGCAGGUCUUCUCUCAUUACUUGUUUCAUUUGUUUAGUGAGAGUGCUGUCUUCUUCUUGAUCACCAAGUAUCUCAUUGGUGAUGUGCUCCAAGAUUGGCUUCAGGGAGGAAAGUGUGACUUGUCUCUCUGAGGCCAGGACAUCAGUGAAGUCAUGGAGAGGGCAAAGGAGCUGGCUUACUUCUUCCAGGACAGUGAUGUCAUUGUCUUUAGGCAUAAGAUGCCAGGUGCUUCUGUCGCCUGCUAACACCCCACAGAUGGCCGGCUGCUGCUCCAAGAACCUGGAAAUCAUUUCAAAUGUGGAUCCCCACCUGGUGACAACAUCAUGUAUCAGUGAAUGCCCAGGGAUGCUCAAUUCUACCUGCUUCUUUUGAAGCGCACGUUUCCUUUUCCAGCUUCGAGAAAACCCUUGUACCAAAUGUCGGCAUGCUCUGGUAGCAGAUUCCACCCUGGAGAUCUUGAGGACUUUGGAAAUGGCCAAAUUUAAAUUAUGACCAAAACAAGAAAACCAAACACAGGGAAAUGUUUCAAAGGCUUUCCUCAUGUUACUAGCAUUAUCUGUUGUAAUUCCAGACAGACUUUCUUUCUUUAUCUUCCAUUCCAGGAGCAUGUUUUCCAUCAUUUCUGUGAUAUGCUCUGCUGUGUGAUCUUCUGGAAAAUAAAGAGUCUCAAGACAGUGAGACUUGAGUUUCCAAUCGGAGGAGAUGUAGUGGACUGUAAAGCUCAUAAAGGGUUCCCCUCUACCACCACUGCUGGUCCACAGGUCUGUGGUAGCACCAAAAAACACACCCCCUGACAGCUGUUCCACCACACUCGCUCGUACCUCCUUGUACAUGGCUGGGAUUUUGUUUGAGGAAAAGUAGCUUCGUGAAGGAACUUUGUAUUGUGGCACUGUCUUUUUCAUUAGAUGGAGAAAUCCAGGUUUUUCCACAAUCUGAAAUGGCAUCAUGUCUUUGGAGAUGAAAUAGGCCACAGCUUCAUUCAAAUCCUGGGCUUGUUUUGAAGAGGGAGCAUAGGUCACAGACUUCGAAAAAGAUGCCGCCACAGUAGGUUGUUGAAGUGCAGAACUAGAGGUAGUCUUAAGCUAAAAGUGAAUAAGAAAAAUUAAAAUAAAUAAACAUGCCAUGAACCUUGGAUUUGCAGUAAUGAUUUAAGUUAUUUUUAAAUGUUUGAAAUUAAGUAUUUAUAAAUAAAGUAUUAAAUGAAGUAAAACAUCUCUUAUGCCGUGUUAAUAAUAACUAAAAUGCAAUUAAUUAGAUCCCAAGACGGGAAGAAGAAAACUUCAUUGACUCCGCCAGAUGGUGCCGGAGUCAGGUAAAACAUGCCGCUUUGCGGCUGUUUGUUUACAUUGAAUUUAGAGCUCAACUCUCACUGCUACGCCACUGAUUGUAUGUGACACGUUUAUACUUGACUCCCUACCAACUCAAUGUUUCCUUAGGUAACUUGUUCUAAACGUAAUUUUACUCGGUCAUUGUGUGUUACCUUUACUUCAGCGUGUGAAGUCGGGUGAUGAUCCCGCAAAUGCUGCAUUAAAUUGGAUGUAUUCGAUCCCUUAGCCGCAACUUUUUUGCGGCAGGCUUUACAAAUUGGUGCACCGUCGUCCUGAAGGACCCCCUGGUCAUUUUUAAGAUAACCAAAAUGCUCCCAAACUCCCGACUUUAUUUUUUUCUUCGGCGGAAAGAGAGCGUCGCUCCCGGGUGCUUCUGCCAUCAUUAGCUCAUUUAGCGUAGCCGCGUUCUUCUUCUUCGUCUUCUUCUUCUUGCGUUGUUUCCAGCAGAGUAGUCACGUGUCUCCUGAUCAUAUGACAGCACGGCACUAAAAGCAGGUGCAUCGCUGGUGUAACUUUGUUUUCCUUUCGAGCAGGUUGCGGCAAAAUAGCAUGUCAUCCGUUUUUUGCGAGUGAUAACAAACACUCGGUGUUGCGGAGCCUGUGGGAUUAAUUAACCGUGACGUUUUAAAUCGCGGUUAAUAGUACUAUGGGUUAAUCGCUGCAUCCCUAGUUUCAUGUAAGGGAUGAUGCCUAAUAAGGUAUGCAUGAUCAGGAAUUUGUUUACAACUUGGAGUUGCAUGUUGGAUAGUUACUAUCACUGUCUGUUGUGAUAAUAAAUCUGUUACUGUGAUCUGUUACUGUCUUGAGUUUCAUCCUGAUAUUGCAGACCUUGUUAAUCUGAGAAAAAAAUAAAGAUAUUAGAGCCUUUGAAUUUAUUCAUCUGUGGUGCAAAAAUAGGUAGGGCUCUAAACCAAUCCUGAGUGAUAUGAUACCCUCAGCUAUGACCUUCCGGAGGUUCAGAAACAUCUUUUAUAAUAUGAUUUGUAUUAGCAUUUGUAUGUUCAGUAACAUUUAUUUAAAUUGUUUAAACUAUUUUUUAGAAUUUAAAAUUUGUGACAGCUGUAAGACUUUUAGUAUCUUGAAACAAUGUUAAACCACAGUAUUUACCACAGUAUUGUCCAUGUGUGUCUGUAGAUGUGUGUGUUGCAGCAGACAGAGUCGAGGCUGCAGGCCGAGGUUCAGGACGCUCGGGAUCAGAAUGAGCUGCUGGAGUUCAGGGUGCUUGAACUGGAAGUAAGAGACUGUACUAAUGUCAUACUGUCACCAGGUGGCGACAACAACAACAUCAGCACCAAACUCAAGACCUACAUACAGUGACUGAAAAUACAGACAGACAAACAGACAGACAUACUUGAGUCCUCUGUAUGCAUUUGUGUGUGUUGCACUGUACUGCAUGGCAGCUGUGUGUAUACCCCAUCCUUUGAACUGGAAUAUUUUUUAAAGAAGAAUGUUGUGUCAUGAUGGAUAUUAUUUUGAAUGGAAUAAAAAUCUAUUUAAGUUCACCGUUUAAUCCCAUCUUUGUUCAUUUUGUCUCUCAUUUGUCCAUGCCAUACAUUUUGUUUACCAUUUUUUGUCAGAUAAAGGGCUAUUUCCACAAACAAUACAGGGAAUACUCAAUGUAGUGAGAUUUAGGAGUUAUUUUGUAAAUUUAUGUUAAUUCAGAUUACAGCACACAGAUAUAUUUAACAGUUUGAUGCAUGUUAUUAGUAACUAUCGCAUUUCUUUCUGUAGUGGUUGUAGUCGGGUUUAGACAGAGCAGCACCCGUUUGAGUUUCUGCAUGUGUUUACAUUCUCCCCCAUUGGUUUGGUUUGGUUUGGUUCCUUGGUCCAUUUAUAUCUAUGGAUUCCCACCUCCCUCAGUUUGGCAGAUCCUGACCAUGUUUUCAGUUUCAUGUAAGUAAAUCCCCUCUUCAUUCCCUUUCCAUUCACAUUUAGUACAUAACAGUGUCAGUCAUCCCCAUUAAGGCUCAGUGCACCACAAACUGUUGCAUCUCUCUAGAAAUGUCAUUUUGGUUGUUGUGAUGAUUUCUUUGGAUGUGUGCAAAUAAAAGUUAAAUGGUGUGUUCUUCUGUAGGAGAGGGAGCGCAGAUCUCCUGCCCUCAAUCUGCACAUGUCUGCAUUCCCUGAAAAUAGCAGCAGUGCUCUGCAGAUCUACUGCCACCAAGAGGGAGUCAAGGUAAUCACACAAAGAAAGAAAAAGGGUUUUCUUCAGGAUUCCUCAUACACGUAGUCAAUAUGGUGUCUAAUUACGACCUUUGUGCAGGAUGUUAUUAUUCCUGAGCUGAUGAAGAAACUGGAUAUCCUUGGAGAUAAUGGGGUGAGUUCAGAACUCAAACUGUCAAAUGAAAAGAAAUUCAUGUAUCCCUUUUUGUAGCUGUUUCCAUAAUCCUGUUAUUUCUGUUUUAUUUUCUGUAGAAUCUCAGAAAUGAGGAGCAGGUAGCAGUGAUCCAGGCAGGGACGGUGAUCUCACUGUGUGAGAAGGUGAGUGGAGGCUCUCACAGAUGUGUCCUCACAGUUUUACAACAUUAGAUAACAUUGACGCUAGAGUUUGAGUGAGUUUUUUAAAACUAGAAUAUAGGUUUAAAUAAAACCUUUUUUUUAGCAUCUAAGAAAGUAUAAACCUCUCGCCUCUUCUCUUUUCUCUCAAUCCUCCUUGUACAGUGGUUGAAGCAGAUCGAUAACACUGAGGCUGCCCUCACUCAGAAGAUGAUUGACUUGGAGAAUGACAAGGUGAAAAUCAGUCUACCAUUAGAAAACUUAAAAAUGUUCUGUCCCUUAAGUGGUGUGAGAUGCAAAAAUAUUGGCUAUCAGUUCCCUGUAUUUGCUUCAUUUCUCUGCUGCCAUAAUUUGAACCUUUACAUCCGUAUGUGAAAUUUUGUACUAACAGUUUUCCUUAUAACAGAAAAAAAACUUCAUUACAUCCUCAAGCAGUGCAUUAAUGUACUCUCUUGAAUAUUGUUGCAGGAGCUGUUCAGUAAGCAGAAAGGAUUUCUCGAGGAAGAACUGGACUACAGGAAGCAGGCCUUGGACCAGGCUUACAUGGUAUGGAACCAAGGGCACUGUCACCUGUAUUUAUCUCUUAAUACAGUAUUGUUUUUCAAAUAAACUAAAUCCACCUAAUAAUUUUUGUUUUCACACUAAUCAAGGCUGCGUAUAAGACAGAGUGGUUUUCGAUCAAAGAGAUUAGCAUUGUCAUCCUAACAUGACACAUAAACAUUUGGAACCCAUUCAAACAUCAUCAAUGCUCCAUGAAGGUUAAAUUUGUCAAAGUGUGUCGGGAUACUGCAUCUUUUACCACUGAAGUCUAAAUUCUGUGAAAAAAGCCAGGGUACCGAGCUUCUUCUCUUUUGAUCCGAUACUCAUUUAUUUCGUGAGAAAGCCAACAACUGAUUUUGACACCUUUAAAUAUAAAAGAUGGAUAUUUGAUACCAUUUGAAUAUUUCUGUAUAACAUAUUUGAAAUAGAAGGAUACUAAAAAAAAUAAAAUUUUUAAACAGAGUGAAUUGUAUAAGAUUUUGAUGAUGAAUCUGGAUAGCAUGAAUGCGCUUGAAACUUGCUCUCACCCCAAUGACGUCAACAGACUGUACCCACAAAACUGAAGUCAACUUUUAGCUCACUCUACAUGAAGUAUUAACCAUUUGAUUUGGUCAGUUUAAUGUUGGUUUGUGUUUAUUGUUCCACUUCGUUUUGUGUAGGUAAAGGUUUGGUUUUUAGAUGGUGACUGUUGGAGAAGUUCACCUGUAGAAGGCAGAAAAUGUAAACCUGUUAAAUUAUGUCAUUGUGAUCAAGUUGCCAUGUAAAGGUCAACCCUGAAUAACCCUCAAGACAAAGUGGAACAGUGUUCCUCAUUUCUGCCAUGGUCACAGUGGUGUAUGGUGUAUGUUUGUGUACCUGUAUCUGUUUGUGUGUGUUAAUCCAUGUGUGUGCGUGUGCAUGCCUGUAUGUGUCUGCAUGCGCAUGUGCACGUCCAUAUGUGUGUGUGUUUGUGUACCUGUAUGUGUGUGUAUAUGGCUGGCUGUGCAGAGGAUCGAGGAGCUGGAGGCCACGCUGUAUAGCGCUCUGCAGCAGGAGCAGCCAGCAUGCCGGGAGGUGGCCGAGUCGCUGACAGACAGGCAGAGGGAGGAGCUGAGGCUAGCUGUGGAGAAGCUGCGGCGUCAGAUUCUCCGGCAGAGCCGGCAGUUUGACAGUCAGAUCUUACAGGAGCGCAUGGAGCUCCUACAGCAAGCCCAGCAGGUAAGGUUUAAAACAAAUUGAGUCAGGUUACUGAGUACUGCCCUCCCUCAAUCUGACCCUGGCCCAUGUCUGAAACAUGUGACCCCACCAGACCUCUGGUGCUCUGAAAAAGAUGCAGUAUCCCUUUGUGUGCAACCCCUAACUCUACCCGUAAGUGUAUAUUGAGAGGUGGAAGGGUGAGAAGAUGAGACAGACUGGCUGUGUGAGUGUGUGUACUUAACAUCAUUGUGAUCCGACCCCUCCACUCCUCCCGUAUCCUAUCACUCUGCAGCCCUCACAGUAGUCUACACCCAUGGCUCGUACAGUAAAUGUUUUGCAUUGAGUUCAUCAAAAGCCACAGCACCAUCAACUCAUUUGAAUAAGUUUCUUUGUAAAGUACUAACAAAGUUUGCCUGAUACUUAGCCCUGAACACUUUUUAUGAACUUUCUAUGAAAUUAACAAAUCAGUCAAAUAUUUUUCAGAUGUUUCUGAUGGAGUUAGAGUAGAUUUUCUCAUCUUUUUGAGAUUCAAUAAGCCACAGACUAUCAGUCAUGCCUGGAGAAUUAUAGCUAUCAUUAAAACUUUAUCUACCUCUAAAGAGUAGUAAAAUUCAGUCUCUGAUCACAUAGCUGUGCCUCUGUUUUAACACUUGUCUGUCUGGCUUACUCAACAGCCCAGUAAUUAACCCCCAAGAAUUUUUAUCGAGGCUAUUGAAGCUUGUGAUUUACCAGUAAGUUAGGAAUUUCAGUGUGUGAUAGAGUAUUUGCAAAUCUUCAUGUAACAGAUUAUUUUAACCUUACACGUUUUUUAAGAUAUCACAGCUCAUAUAAGAUUUUUAUGAUGAAAACACAAGCAUCAAUAAAUGAGAUGCUGGGGUUAAACAUCUCAAAGCUGUAGCUUACUGCUGAAAUUGCUCUUUGGUUGCCAUGGUGGCUUAUUGUAACCUGACACAGGUCCUGCUGGGACAAAGGGCAUAAUAGGAAGGAAAGAACUGUGUGCAGAAAUAGUUUGAUCACAGUUUUUUUUUAUUUUUUAGAUCAUAUAAGAUCUAACCUAUUGGUUUUAGUUUUAGAGAUCCUCAUAUUUUAAACCACCUAACCUUUCUUUUUUGCCUUGCAGAGAAUUAGAGAGCUGGAGGACAGAAUUGACAUGCAAAAGAGACAAAUAAAGGAAAUAGAGGAAAAGGUACUUCCGCAAAUUUCAUUUGUGUCUGUUUGAGAGAGCUUCCUCUCAUGGCUCAUAGAAGAAAUAACAACAGUAUCUCAUUUAGGAAAAGAUUAGUGUAUGAAUGUGAGGGGGUUUACAUCUGCAGUACUGAUACCACGUUUGAUUGUAUUAAUUUCUCGCUCUUUUCUUCUCCCUUUUUUAUCCAUCUAUGAAACCCCUGGUGUUCCUUUAGUUUCUGUUCCUCUUUUUGUUUUUUUCUUUAGCAUUUAUUCUUUGGCCUUAA